UGACACAGUUGGGCAGAGAACCCGACUCCUGUUCAUUGUAAAAAGAAAAAGCUCAUGUAUCCUUUCAGAGCUCAAAAUCUGAUUGGUUUUGUACGUCAUCAGGGGCGUCGAACAAGCAAAUCCGGGGAAACAUUGUUCCGGUGGACGUAUCUGGUUCCUCUGGUAGGCAACGGAUCGUCGUUGUUUCUGCUACUCCUUCAAACGUAACGCAAAGAUGGCAAACGAAGCAAAGCCGUGCCCGUGUGAUAUUGGUGACCGGAUGGAUUACGGUGGACUCGGGCAAGAGGUUCAAAUAGAGCAUAUCAAGUCGUACGUGGUGAAGCCGUCUUCUGGCGCUGACAAGGCCGUGAUUGUCAUUCAUGACAUCUAUGGAUGGACAUUGCCUAACACCAGAUAUAUGGCCGAUAUGUUGGCGGAAAAUGGAUACAUUGCGGUUUGUCCGGAUUUCUAUGUCGGAAAGGAUCCUUGGAGCCCAACGAGUGACUGGUCAAAGUUCCAGGAGUGGUGUGAGGAUAAGAAGCCUACCGUUAUAAACAGAGAGGUGGAGGCGGUCCUGAGGUUCCUGAAGGAGCAGUGCGGGGUCCGCCUCAUUGGAUCGGUGGGCUUCUGUUGGGGAGGCGUGGCCGUGCAUCACCUGGCCCUCAACUACCCCCACAUUACAGCGGGGGUCUCCGUCUACGGGAUCAUAAAGGAAAGGGGGGACUGCUAUGAACUAAAGAGCCCGGUUCUGUUCAUCUUUGCGGAGAAGGACGAGGUUGUACCACUUGAACAGGUCAGCGUUCUUCAGGCUGGACUGAAGGAGAAGUGCAGCGUGGACCAUCAGGUGAAGAUCUUUCCGGAGCAGUCUCACGGGUUUGUCCACCGAAGGAGGGAAGACAUUAACCCCUCGGACAGACCUCACAUCCUGGAGGCCCGGUCGGACAUGCUCCACUGGCUCAACAAGUUCAUGUAGAGCAGUAGCCCAUGAGCUCCCUCCCCCAGGGCCCCGGCUGUUGUAGGUCGCUUUGUAAAUCCUUCGUCAUGAAAUCCUUCUUCUUUACUCAAUUUAACCGAACUGUAUAAGGGGACAUUCUAAAGAAAACAGCCAAUGGGAAAGAAAUGCUUCUGGGACUGUUUGAGGAAGUAGUGAUGUCGACGAUACAUUCCCCACGUGGUCAUCAGUGUCAAAGGCACAAUACUGCAUGUCAAGUGAGCAAUGGAGAUGUCAUUUAUGAACAAAUUGAAUCAAUACGCGAAAGAGACUUUAAUAUUUUUUUAAUGACAAAUAUCCAGUAUUCAAGGCCUCUGUAAACCAACUGCUCACCAACAUCAUUAAGACUUGUUUUUAGCGCCUGAGGAACACAGAGAGCAGAGGAGAAAGCCGGGCCGUCAGAACACAACGUACGUCCAUUAAGGCAAAAACCUUCCAGCCUCCAAAUACUGUUUUAAAAUAAAUCUGAAGCAAAUCUACCUGAAGUCAUAACGAUCGCAGUAGUAGAAGUAGUAGUAGUCUAGGCAUCUGUUUAUCGGAAAAGUGAGGUGUACAGUUGGAAUGAAUUAAUGCCAUUAUUUUCACUGUGGAUAUGAAUUGUAGGAGUUCCCAGCUAACACCUCGAGUAUCGCCCAGAUCCUCAGGAAAGUAUGAUUGCAGUGGUGUAAUCUGGGAGUCAAUAGCAUAGGGAAAUCACCUGGCAGCCAUCUUAUUCACCGUGGCCAUCCAAACGCCCGCUGGGUGGGGGACGUCCCUCCGCACUCUGACCCCCACCAAGCUGGUGUUCAGAGCCAAGAUGGCCAGCAGGAGAGUAAGGCCCGUUGAAAGCGCCCCCAUGCAGGUAUUGGAGCGUUCCUCGAUACAGUACAAGAGAGAAAGACCUGCUUCUCAUCCUCUGACGUUAUCUAUUGCAGCUUGACCCUUGUGUUGGUAUCUAUUCCUAUCAUUGUCUUUCCCAGUUAUUCCGAUUAUUGAACUGACUUAAGACUGAGACUAAACUAUUUCAGGUGUUGGGAGGUUUGGUUAGGUCAAUAAGCCAGAGAAAGGACGAAAUUAUCCAGAGCCAUCAAAUAAAACGGGCCUUAUAUGCAAUGGAAAGUGUUUCCCGGCAUUCUUUUCUUUGUUUCUUCUACAACCCAAAGUCAAGGCCGAACCCGGAGGUCGGGAUUUAAAUACUAAAGGCCAGUGCGGUGCGCUGCUCAAGCUGCAAUACACAAGGUAGGAUGGAGACGUUUCAGAGCAGGACCCCGCCAGACACCACCUUCUCUGGGACACAACCGGGACAUAUCCGUUUGUGCGGUUCCUGGCAGAAUAUUGUACCCUUUUCCUGGAAACUGUACUAUCCGAGGCCGUCAGUGUUAUUAACGGCUCAUCGUACAGAAUCGGUUUGAGACGAAUGAAAGAAAAUAAGAUGGAAUUCUGGGAAUCUUAGCAACAUGGAGUACUCUUAACAAAAAGGUUCAUUCAAAUUAAAACAUUAACACAUCCCCUUGCAAUUAAAAUAUUGGUCAGGCACCAUGAAACAAAGUAAUGUUGCUUUCUUUGUUAUUUUUUAUCAUUUUUUAUGUUUCCAUUUUAAAGACUACAUUGUUACAGGUUAGAUCAUAAAUAGGCUUCUAACUUUGAGCUGUAUAGUUAGCUUAAAAUAUUUACACAAGCACAGGAAUAUGUAAUUUGAGGUACUACUUCUUAAAGAUAACCCUAAGAUUAAACAUAAUUUGGCAUUAGUCACACACCCACACACUUUCAAACUACAAUGAAACAUGGUAAAGGUUAGGUCGGUAAUGGUUUAAUCACUGCACAAUCUUUCCUUGAAAUAAAAAACGGUUUUGGUUCAACAGACUUGAGUUAAAUGUGCGAACAUCGUAAAAUUGUAGGUCAGCAAAAUUGAAGAGCAAAGAGAACAAAGGACAAGUCAUUCCAGUAAGGGCUACGUUGUGCUUAUUGUUUGUUUUAACGGUAGUCACCUUACGCCCGAUUUAUAGGCACAACAAUGAGAUUUGAACCAGGUGUGUACUGGAUCGUUUUUUGCGAUAAACUGGGGCUGAAGAGUUUUUUAUGAUAAGUGGAAAGCUGUGCAGUGAUUAUAUUACACAUUUACCCCAUUGCCAACUCUUCACUGUUCAAUACUACAACUAACAGAAACAUUCAUUGGCCUUCCUAAACAAUCUUAAUUCUGUCCACUAGAGAGCCACCAACACCCAUAAAUGGAAUUGUUGCUAUCAGAUGAUCGUUUGAUGAAGGGCCUUCAUCAGUUACAUGCUCACUGCUCUAAUUGAUUAAAGCCUAAAACGACUACUAAAUAAGUACUAUGUACAUCUGAUGACGAGUAAGAAGCCAUUAGAAUACAAAGCCUAAGUUAUGAAUAUGUUUGAUGAUUUUCUUGAUGAUUGAUUGCAAUUGAUCACGAUAACAUCAAUAAAAAAAAGAGAAAAUAAUAUCUGGGCCUGAUUCAUUAAAAACACAGCAGUACCCAAAAACUACAGUACUUAUGUCCAAAAGUAAUGAUUCUCCUACUUGCGCAUCUGGUUCCACUUGUAUCUUAUGCAUACAUGUAUAUGUCACGUCUGUAAGACAAAGUAGUUUAAGCACGUGAUAAGACGGGCCGUUGUACUGCUCUUCCCUUUUUUGCUUUUAACGAAGAGUAUAAGGGAUGCUUUGGCGGGAA